AUGGAGAUUUUGAACAAUAAUAUCAAGAGCCUUGCCUACCUGGCAAUUUUCCCCAAAGGAUUUCUCUUCUCAGAUAAUCUCUUAGGAAUUUCCUGGGUUGACAGCUCCUGGAUUCCAAUAUUAAACAAUGGGAGCGUGUUGGACUAUUUCUCGGAGCGAAGUAACCCGUUCUAUGACCGAACAUGUAACAAUGAAGUCGUCAAAAUGCAGCGGAUGACCUUGGACCAUUUGAACCAGAUGGUUGGGGUGGAGUACAUCCUUCUUCAUGCUCAAGAGCCCAUUCUUUUCAUUAUCCGGAAGCAGCAAAGGCAAUCUCCAACACAAGCUAUUCCAUUGGCCGACUACUAUAUUAUUGCUGGAGUGAUUUAUCAGGCACCUGAUUUAGGGUCUGUCAUUAACUCCAGAGUUCUCACUGCGGUGCAUGGAAUUCAGUCUGCUUUUGAAGAAGCUAUGUCCUACUGUCGCUAUCACCCAUCCAAGGGCUACUGGUGGCAUUUCAAAGAUCAAGAAGAACGAGAGAAAGCUAAACCAAAAGCCAAGAAGAAAGAAGAACCAAGUUCUAUUUUCCAAAGGCAACGGGUAGAUGCUUUGCUUUUAGACCUAAGACAAAAGUUUCCACCCAGAUUUGUUCAGCAAAAGCCUGGAGAAAAGCCUAUCCCAGUGGAUCAAAUCAAGAAGGAACCGGAACCAGCCCCUGAAGCUGUCAAGCCAGAGGAAAAAGAGACUGUAAAGAAUGCUCAGCAGAGUGCUGGCGCUAAAGGACCACCUGAAAAACGGAUGAGACUCCAGUGAAGGGAGAAGUUGUUACACAUCUGGAUUAGGCAGUACCUGGAAAACAGGCGAUUCUUGCUCCCCUUUCUUUAUAUUUAAGCUCUUCAACCGAGACUGAUGAUUCAGGGACUGAAGUCCCUGUAACAGCUUUUUCUGUAGAAACCUGUCACGCAAGUGUUAAUGUCAGGAUGUGAGCUGCCUUAAAGAAAGUGUUUUCAGUCUUCAUCUUAUUUUGAAUGUUGGCUUCUGAGAAUGGCUUUUACAUGGACAUAUUUUGCAGCCUCCUGAAAUCUUUACAAACUUUUGCAUCCCAUGUGUCUUGGUUUCCUAUGUAAAAAGGAAAAACUUUUACAUAAAAAAAAAUCUGAAUUCUUGGCAAAUAAAACUCCUGGCUGCUGGAAUGCCUUUCUUAAAUGCUUACUUUGUUAGUAGCAAAUAUGCCAUAUGUGCUGGCAGCAUUUUUUUACUUGGAUAUUGGAAUAUAUUGUGUGCUAUUUUGAGGAAGAAAAGUUCAACUAAAGGAUUUAGGCUGCCUGCUAUAAAUUGCUGUGCCUUUAGUAUGCUUGGGAUACAGAUAAAAGAUUUGAUAACUGGAGGCUGAAAUCCAUGUAAUUAGAUGUCACACUGCUCUCGGUGUCUAAAUGUUCCUAGGCACUCAUUUUACUUAAUGGCUAAGCUGGUUUUUAUAAUAAAAGCUAGUGUUCUGUGAAAGAGAUUGAUGACAUAAAACAGGCUAAAAUGUCUUGCUGUUGCACACUCAGUGAAGCUGUUUAUAUUUCUCCUUUUUUUCCACUGUAACUCAGGUAUAUAAAUUGCAUCUCUUCCUCUGUGCUUCUAGCACUUUCUUCUAGCACUUUCUUGCUGCAUCUGAUCACCUUGGUUAGUCAUCUGCCUUUUAGACCUGAGGAGGUAGGGCAGUGGAAGAGAAACAUCACUGACAGCUAUACACUUUGCUAUUUAAGCAUGUUGCUUACACAAACCUUUUUAUUUUCAGAAAAAUUAGAAGUCAUCCGUUGCAAAGAAAUGACUAUUGGUUUUGUUUUUUCAUUGAAGUAAUGGAGCAACCCUUGAAACAGCUUGCUUUCUUUUCACAACUGUUACCUGCUUUCUUCUAGUAAACUGUAGUAAGCAAGAAAAAGGUCUGUACAUAGCAAACAAAAUGUAGAUAGGAAGGAAGACUAAGAUAUGCGUAGAUAGCUGUGUCAAAUUUGUUUUGAGGUUAUAAGAGACCCUUUUUCUGUUUCAGUAACUAAUAAACGGCUCUGGGUAGCUAUUGAAUGAUGGAAAGACCCGUGUAACUUUUGUCCUGUAAUCCAAAGCUGUAACGUUAAAGAUGUAGAUAAGCCAAUAGCUGUUUGCUGUUGAUGCAGAUACAGACCUAAAAUUCAUAUAUUGGUGUACUUAAGUGUGUAUUAGCUUUAUUUCAUACCAUGUGGGUCAAGUUUGAACAGCUGUUUCUCCAAAUGUUGAUAGCAGUAGAUAAUAAGCUACUGUGAACUCUUAAAUCAAGUGAAGAUAUAGAAAGCAGUUAUUCUGGGAUGCCUAAAACAAGACAGAGCUAAUUAUUCAGCAUUGAAUAAUUACAAGGUAGUGUGAAUACACUUAGAACAAAAGGGUGUUGAUUCUUUCUUGUAUUAAAGAAAUUCCUCUGAAAGCAAGGAGCUCAGGAAGCACCAAAGCCAUCAUCUCAUCCACCCCCAUGAUGGAAAGAGGGAUCUCCAGAAAUGAGGCAUGAGUGGUGAGGAACCUCAAGAGUCCUUGCUGGAUUUUUGAUGUUCAGAAUAAAGUCCUUGGAAAUGGCC